AUGGUUGAAUCCACUUUAAUUUAUAGAUAUGAUGCACUUCCAUUGUGUGGAUCGGUAGACGAUGAUAACGAUACCAGCUCGAAAGCAUUGCUAGAACAGAAAAAGAAAUGCAAGAUCCUCAUCAGCAGAAUAACUCCUAAUUCGGAACCACAAGCGACUAUUGAAUCAGGCGAAUUCAACAUUCACUACUUGAUAUCACAAGGGAUUAUAUACUUGUGCAUAUGUAAGAAAUCAUACCCCCGAAAGCUCGCAUUUUCAUACUUGAAUGAGAUAGCACACGAGUUUUACAAUAGCCAUGGUCAAGAGGCCCUAAGCCCUACUGCUAGACCUUUUGGUUUUACCUCCUUUGAUAAUUUUUUGCACAAGACAAAGAAGAUAUAUCAAGAUCAAAGAGCACAAUCCAAUUUAGAUAAAUUGAACGAUGAUCUUGCCGAUGUAAAGAAGGUCAUGACCAAAAACAUUGAAGACUUGUUGUACAGAGGAGAUUCAUUGGACAAGAUGAGUGAUUUGUCCAGUUCUUUGAAACAAGAUUCGCUAAAAUAUAGAAGAAGGGCGCAAAGAAUUAACUUGGAAGCCUUGAUCAAGCAGUACAUUCCAAUCAUAGGAGUGGGACUACUCUUUGUUUUCAUUUGCUAUUACCUAUUGAGAAGAUGA